AUGGCCCCCGGGGCAUUGGCAAGCAUCGGGGCCUCUCAGGCGCUGCAGGAGUACCUCCAGAUGUACCCCAUCAGCACCCGUUCGGCGCCCCAGUCCCAGGCGACCACCGAUCUGGCCAGCCUCAAGGCCGCUGUGCUGGCGGGCAACUAUACCCCCUCGCGCUCGUGGCAGUUCCUCCGCGACCCCUGCCCUGCGAGCUGUGUGAGUUUAGGGCUGGCGUCCUCUGCGUGGCCGGUCUACCACAGCGUCGACACGCUGACAGACCGCUGUGACGAGACGAUGCUGUUGAGCUUUGCCCUCUACACGGCGCUUGACGGCUCUGACGGCCAGGUCAGCAUCCGGAGCUGCACCGCCGGCCUCACUGUCUCUUCCUCGUCUUCUUCUUCUUCGUCUUCAUCUUCAUCUUGUCCAAAGCAUAACCAAACCAUGUCCGAAACGACCACCAGCCUGGAGCUCGUCUGGGAGGGCGAGUCUGCAGGGGCCGCUGUCCAGACAGACGCCCUGGCGGCCCUGGAGCAGCUGCUGGCGUACGAGAGCCAGAGCCCGUCGUCCGUCUGCAACGAGACCAUGGCGUUUGCCUACUCCGGGGGCACUGCUGUCGGGCUCUAUAUAGGCUCCGGGCUACACCGACAGGGCCUGUUGGCGCCGGUGGUGGAGGCGCUCGUCGAGAGGGUCACCAGCGAGGGCGUCAGCGACACCCUGGCCGUUCAGCUGUGUGGCACCUAUCUCAGCGGCCGAUACACGCUGGGCAUCAUCAUCACUCCAGACCUUGCCGAGGCCCAGGUCGCCGUGCAGACGUGGCGCGACAGCAAAUGUCUCACGUACUUGUCCGAGACUGCUUCGUGGAGCAACAUCACCUACUCUGCGCCGGUGGUGAGGAAUGCCACUGUCAAACCGAGUACCACUGAAGCCAGUAGUACCGCCACACUCACCCGCCGAACCACAUGCACCACCGAGCAGGUCGUGUCGGGGGAUAGCUGCGCAACGCUGGCUGCUGAAUGCGGGAUCACGGCGGCAGAGCUGGCGGACUAUAACCCUAGCUCCUCGCUGUGCUCGAACCUCACGGUAGGCGAGUAUAUCUGCUGCUCGUCGGGCACGCUGCCGGACAAUGCCCCCACGGAGCAGUCGGACGGGUACUGCUACACAUACCUGGUGCAGACGGGGGAUACCUGCUCGGCGCUGGCGGCAGAGUACGACAUCACCGUCGCGGAGAUCGACAGCUACAACACCGACACCUGGGGCUGGAUGGGCUGCGACGACCUGUUGGCGGACGAGUACAUCUGCCUCAGCACCGGGUAUGCGCCCAUGCCCGCCGUGAUCUCCAACGCCGUGUGUGGCCCGCAGGUGAACGGCACUGCCACUGCGCCGCAGGGCUCUGAUCUGAGCGACCUGAACGAGUGUCCCCUCAACGCCUGCUGCGACAUCUGGGGCCAAUGCGGCAUCACGGCCGAGUUCUGCACGCCCAGCAACUCGAGCACGGGGGCGCCGGGGACGGCCGCCAACGGGACCAACGGGUGUAUCUCCAACUGCGGGACAGACAUCAUCGAGAGCGCUGCGCCCAGCGAGACGUUCACGAUCGGCUACUUUGAGGGCUUUGACCAGGACCGCCCCUGUCUCAAGCCGUGGAUCACCGAGAUCGACACCAGCGCCUAUACACACAUCCACAUGUCGUUUGCGACGCUCAACGCGGACUUGUCGUACAAUCUGACCAACAUCGACGACCAGAUGGAGGACUUUGCCGCCCUGACGGACGUCAAACGCAUCAUCACCGUCGGCGGCUGGUCCUUCUCCACGGACGCCAGCACGUACGACAUCUUCCGCGAGGCCGUGUCGAGCGCCGACAACCGCGCCACCCUCAUCGCCAACACGAUCGACCUGCUCGAGGCGUACGACCUGGACGGCGUGGACUGGGACUGGGAGUACCCGGGGGAGCCUGACAUCCCUGAUAUCCCUGCGGACACGACAGCCGACGCGGAGGACUUCUUCCUGUUCCUGUUGGAGCUGUCGGAGGAGAUGGCGAGUUCGACGCCCGACAAGACCAUCUCGACCACGGCGCCCUCGUCCUACUGGUACAUGAAGGCGAUCCCCAUCCUGGCCAUCAGUGAAGUGGUCGACUACAUCGUGCUCAUGACCUAUGACCUGCACGGCCAAUGGGACUAUAACAACACCUAUACGGAUCCCGGGUGUCCGGCGGGAGGGUGUCUGCGCUCGCACGUCAACCUGACCGAGACGCUGAGCUCGCUGUCGAUGAUCACCAAGGCCGGCGUGCCCUCCAACAUGGUGGUGGUGGGGGUCGCCAACUACGCGCGCUCGUUCCAGAUGACUGAAGCCGGCUGCUACACGGCCGACUGCCACUUUACAGGGCCAGACUCGGGGGCAGACCCGGGCGAGUGCACCGACACGGCGGGCUACAUCUCCAACGCCGAGCUGGCGGCCAUUGCAGCGAACACGACCGUGUACGCCUACAUCGACAUCGACUCCAACUCGAACGUGAUGGUCUGGGAUGACACGCAGUGGGCGGGCUACAUGGACGCCGAGAUCAAGUCCGUCCGUGCCGAGCUGUAUGAGGGCAUCUACUUCCUCGGCACUGCCGAAUGGGCAAUCGAUCUUACCAACGGCACCUCUUCCAACAGCAGUACCAGUACCAAUACCACCACCACCACCACAGCCUGUGAAAUCUCUAUUGAUCCCACCGUCUGGUCCGAGGCUACCCCCUCCGUCACUGCAGUCCCCGGCUGCACGCUCAUCUGGCCUCCCCUGCCCCUGGAGACGACCACCACCAUCACAUUUCCCCCAUGGGCCACGCACAUCACCUGGCGCGCCACCGAGACAGAGACAACCACCUAUUACGACGGCAGCGUCGUCACCUAUCACCAGUUCUCGACCUACUCGGUGCCCACCCAACUCUCCAUCGCCCCUGUCACUACGACUGCCAUCCCGGUCUGGUACGUCACCGUCACCAGCGGCCAGAGCACUGUCUACCAGACCAGCUCUGUGGAGCCGUCUCCUUUCACAGUCGUCUAUACUCCAACGGUCGGAGGCAAUACAACAGUAGUCGGAGGCACAACCAGCACUGUGUCUGGGGCGACCUUCUCGUCCGGAAACCUGACAUACACGAGCACUUCAUGGAUAGGCGUGUUUGGCGGCACUACCACCGUCGUCAGCGGCACCACCCUCGCCCCCUCGACCACGACCGUCACUCCCCAUCCCUAUCCCACCACCACCACCUCGACCGAAGAUCCCAUUCUCAACACGCGCACGACUCAUGUCGUCGCCGCGAGCAAAAGCAGUGGCUCAGGUCCCAAGUGUACUGAGGCCCCUUGUGGCAUUGGCUGUGUAUUCUUCUGUAUCUCGGGAUGUCCGUUCUGUCCUCCCGGCUUCGGUAUUGAUGACGGCAGCGGCAGCGGCAGCGGCAGCGGAAGCGGCAGCGGUGGUGGUGGUGGUGGUGACGACGACGACAGCUCGACCUCGACAACGACUUCAACAUCUUCAGGCAGCGCUGCGUCGUACGAGGUUGGCGCUAUGCUGGUCGUGUAUUACAUCGAUGGAGCCUCUACCAUCUGCUACGGCUCCUCCACUGUUCUCUCCACCAAGACCACCACCACCACGACAAAAUCCAAGACCACCACCACCACGACGGCGACCACCACCACCGCCAAGGACUGUCCGGGCGGCAACGAGCUCAAGUGUUACCAGGAAUACUACUACGACUGCAUGAUCGACUGCGAGAACUUUUACGCUACCAGUGCGGAGUUGUUGGGAUGUCAAAAUGGCUGUGGUGACUAUGCCCUCGAGCAAUGCGAGGAUCUUUGUGACUAG